AUGGGUGAAGACAAGUCAACUAUACUUCAUGUCGAGUCGCGGGAUGAGAUCGACAUUGCUAAAGCCGCGACUUUAGCAGACCAGCCCGAGGAGUUUCAUGGCGAUGUCGGCUUGGCUGGUCCAGGAGACACAGUCUACUUGAUCCCCACACCUAGUCCAGAUCCUCGAGACCCUCUCAACCUACCUGUGCUCCGAAAAUGGCGGUCUGAGGCUGAGAUAACCUGGCUUAUGACCUUUCCAACCCUCUUCAUGGGGAUUGGAAACCUGAUUGGAAUGCCGCUCGCUCUAGCCAUCGGUCGCCGCCCCGUCUUCUUGAUCUCCACUCUCAUCCUCGUCCUUUCCGGAGGCCUUUGUGCUGGCCAACAAUCCUACACAUGGCAUCUCGCGGCGCGCUGCAUCAUGGGUCUGGCAGCAGGGCAAUCCGAAGCCCUGUGCCCCCUGAUGGUGCAAGAAACAUUCUUUCUUCACGAGAGAGGUCGGACCCAGAUGUACUUCACGGCCAUCAGCAACAUCCUGACCAGCGUGUUGACGCUGCUCACGUCGUACAUCGCGGCGUCCAUUGGCGUCAGCGGCUGGUACGGCCUGGGCACCGGGCUUGCUGGGUUUGUGUUCAUCUGCAGCAUCUUCUUCGUCCCGGAGACCAAAUACGACCGGCCGAUCGCGGCAUACCAGGGCAAAGGCUCCAGUGUAAGCCAGUUCGCCGGCCAGACGGGCGGUGGGCGGUCUGAGAGUGAUGACGCAAGUCCCGUCGCGACGAGCUACCUGGUGCGGCGCAUCUCGACCACCGACCCGCGGGAGCUGGACACGGUCAACUACAAGCCACGGACGCUUGCGUCGGACAUGCGCCUGUUCGUGAACAAGCCAGACUGGGAGGAAGGUCUCAGGACGUGGCGUCGGAUGUUCACGGUCAUGCUGUUCCCGGACAUUCUCUGGGCCUUUCUUCUGAAUGGCCUCACCAUCGGCGUAAACAUAUCGCUGGGGACAACAUAUGGUUCCAUUCUCGCGGCCCCUCCCUACUCGUGGGCCUCAAAGUACAUCUCCUUCGCGAUGGCAGGCCAGAUCGUCGUGUCAUUUGUCGCGCUGCCGCUGCUGGGCGCCGGCUCCGAUCACCUCGUCCGCUACCUCUCCAAGCGGAACGGUGGCAUCCACCGGCCUGAGUACCGCCUCGUGCCUCUCGUGUUCCCUGUCAUCGUGGGCGUCCUGUCUGCUAUCCUGUACGGGCAGGCGGCGGCGCACCCAGAUCGACUGCACUGGUUCGCGAUCGUGUUCGCCGUCAAUGCGUACUACUUCGCCUUUGUGGGGGCGAACCAGUGCGGUAUCGUGUACUCGCUCGACUCGUACCCGACGAGGUCGGGCCCUGCCUUGGUCGUCAUCUGUGCGAUGCGUGGCAUCUUGAGCUUUGGUACGUCGUACGGCGUCACGCCCUUUAUCAAGCAGAGGGGAUACGAUGGGGCGUAUCUGAUAUACGGUAUCUUGACUGGCGUGCUGGGAGCCAUGGGUAUUGUGAUAUACUUCUUGAGUGGUCGGAUCCGAGCUUUCUGCUCCCGUUGGGCGGUACCGACGAGUGAGACGAAGCCGACGUACUCAUGA